AUGGAAUGGGUCGGAGGCUCGCCUCCGGCAACGAACCCUCAAGGAGCCCAACCGUUCAAUGCAAACGACGUCCAAGGACUGUACACACUGAUCCUUGACAUGCAGCAACGGCUGCAGGAGCUGACUGCGAAUGCUACCACGGUAGCACAGGAAGAGACCCAAAGAGAAACUCGGGCCCCCGCCCCCAUGCGGCCAACCUACCCCGACGCCACCAUGUUCUCAGGCAACGAUAGGAAGGAGUAUGAUGUUUUCAGGAUGAAUCUCAACACGAAGUUUGAGAUGGACGCCCACUUUUUCCCGACCGAGGCAAAAAGGGUGCUGUAUGCCUUUGGUAGACUCACCGGAAAGGCCUCCCAGCCCAUGAUGCCAUGGAUGCGUUCCCAUGGAAUGCCGACGAAAACUCGGAUUUAUUGA